AUGUCUACUUUUUCGACUGCCAUGAUCAAUUCCUCCAUCUUCCUUCUCACGGGGUUUCCUGGUCUGGAGAAAUACUACCACUGGAUUUCAGUUCCAUUCUCUUUCAUCUAUGCUCUGGUUUUCCUGGGAAACUGCAUGGUGCUCCAUGUGAUCCGGACUGAGCCAACACUGCACCAACCCAUGUUCUAUUUUCUGGGGUUGCUGGCCCUUACAGACCUAUGCAUUGGGCUGUCCACUGUACACACAGUGCUGGGCAUCCUGUGGGGACUUAGCCAGGAGAUUGGCCUGGAUGCCUGUAUCUCCCAGACUUAUUUUGUCCAUGGACUUUCCUGCACCGAGUCUGGAGUUCUUCUUGUCAUGGCCUUUGAUCGCUUUACUGCAAUCUGCAAUCCUCUGAGAUAUAGCUCCAUCCUAACUAAUAGCAGAGUCAUUCAGCUCAUGGUGACCAUUUUGAUGAGAAGUGCUUUGUCUAUUCUUCCUGUCAUCAUCCGACUGAAACUUUUCAUUUACUGCCGUCCACACAUCCUUUCUCACUCUUUUUGCCUGCACCAGGACCUGCUGAGGUUGGCCUGCUCUGACAUCCGCUUCAAUAGCUUCUAUGCCCUGGCUUUGGUCAUCUUUACCUUGUUGUUGGACGCUAUCCUCAUUCUCAUCUCUUACGCUUUCAUCCUGCACACGGUUUUAGCAAUUGCAUCUCCAGAAGAAAGACUCAAGUCUUUGCAGACCUGUGUUUCCCACCUCUGUGCUGUACUAGUUUUUUAUAUUCCUAUCAUUGGCCUCACCAUGGUCCAUCGCUUUGGAAAGCAUCUCUCACCACUGGUGCAUGUCUUUAUGGGAAACAUCUAUAUUCUCUUUCCUCCUCUCAUGAAUCCAAUUAUUUAUAGUGUGAAAACCCAGCAGAUAAGGAGCAGGAUGAAGAAGUGGUUUUCCUUAAAAUUCUUAUAA